AUGGAAGCGAAUGGUUUCGUGUCCAGGCGGGUGGACACGCCAAGCGUCGAUGCCGGGGUUACUGCUGGAGCUGCAGGGGCAGACAUUCGAUGGCUCGGCGGGAGGAUUUUGGAUGCUACGGAGGGGUUUGUUGGUGGUCUGUCACCGCCACGGAUAACAGCGGAACCGGACUUUACUGCGGUGUUGCAACUUCGAGCAGUCCCAGAGCCCACGGUGGCUGCUACGGAGACCGAAAUAGACUACGAGGGGCUCCCCCAGGGUGUAGCCACCAGUACACACAUGUUAGCCGGCGCCGUGGCUGGCAUCAUGGAACACUGCCUAAUGUAUCCCAUCGACUGUGUUAAGACGCGGAUGCAGAGCCUGCAGCCCGAGCCGGGGGCGCGUUACCGUAACGUGAUGGACGCGCUACGUCAGAUCGUGCGUACCGAGGGUGUGUGGCGACCUGUGAGGGGACUGAAUGUCAUGGCGAUAGGGGCGGGGCCAGCCCAUGCUCUGUACUUUGCCUGUUAUGAGAAAAUCAAGUUCUCACUCAGCAACGUGGUCCACCCGGGAGCGAACAGCCACUUUGCUAAUGGAAUGGCAGGCUGCAUGGCCACUGUACUCCAUGAUGCAAUCAUGAACCCAGCAGAAGUGGUGAAGCAGCGUAUGCAGAUGUACAACUCCCCAUACCGCGGUGUGUCUGACUGCGUGGGCUCCAUCUGGAGGCGCGAGGGCCCCGGGGCCUUCUACCGCUCCUACACAACGCAGCUGACCAUGAACGUCCCCUUCCAGGCUCUCCACUUCAUGACCUACGAGUACCUCCAGGAGCUGCUCAACCCCCACAGACAGUACAACCCCUCCUCUCACGUCAUCUCCGGGGCGCUUGCUGGGGCCAUUGCCGCCGCCGCCACCACCCCGCUGGAUGUCUGUAAGACCCUCCUCAACACCCAGGAGGCCCUAGCAGUCCAUGCCGAGGUCCCAGGAGCGCUGGGGGUUGGAGCGAGUGUAGGGACGGCGUCGGCCACUGGGGGGCGCCACAUCUCGGGGUUAGGGGAGGCGUUCCGGACUGUGUACAGGAUGGGGGGCGGGACGGCGUUCUUUAAGGGUGUCCAGGCCAGGAUCAUCUAUCAGAUGCCCUCCACCGCCAUCAGCUGGUCCGUCUACGAGUUCUUCAAAUACGUCAUCACCAAGCGCCAGUACGAGAGAAGACUGCACCACCGAGACGUAGAGAGGGAGGGGCGACCUUCACUCAAAAUGUCCCCCAAGGAACCCACCCCCAUAGAGAUGUAGUAGAGAGCUCAGCUCCUAUCUUUGGGCCAAGUUCCCCCUCUAUCUAACUCUAUAACCACCCCACAGUAACCCCACCUCUGACCAUUUGACCUCUGACCUUCUAAACUAACCAGGAAAUAAAAGCCCCUCCCCCUAGUGUUUUUGACUAGAAGAGAUACAGCUUUUGUCAAAAUUCACCUUACACAGCAGGUUAGGAGAAUUGCCGUAGCAGUUUAGGAGAAUUAGGUUAAGGUAAGGAGAAGUGUAAGGGUUAGCAAAAGUGAAGUUUUGUUUUUUGUUGCCAAAAGCUGUGUCCCAUCUACACCUGACCUCCUCUUAUCCCCUCACAUAGGAGAACAAGUCCCCAUCUUUCACAUAGUUUAUUAUAGGCAUACUGUACAUGGCACUUUAAAUCAAAUAUACACUCACUGGUCAGUUUAUUAGGUACACCCAUCUAGUACCGGGUCAGACUCCCUUUGCCUCCAGAACAGCCUGAAUUCUUUGGGGCGUGGAUUCUACAAAGUGUCGGAAACGUUAUUUUCUCAGUUGGUAUCAAGGGACCUAAGGUGUGCCAGGAAACAUUCCCCACACCAGUACACCACCGCCACCAGCCUGUACCGUUGACACCAGGCAGGAUGAGUCCAUGGACUCAUGCUGCAUACGCCAAAUUCUGACUCUGCCAUCAGCUUGACGCAACAGGAACCGGGAUUUGUCAGACCAGGCGAUGUUGUUCCAUUCCUCAAUUGUCCAGUGUUGGAGGCGUGCCCACUGGAGCUGCUUCCUGUUGUUUUUACCUGAUAGGAGUGGAACCCGGUGUGGUCGUCUGCUGCAAUAGCCCCAUCUCUGACAAGGACCGACAAGUUGUGUUCUGAGAUGCUGUUCUGCACACCACUGUUGUACUGCUCCGUUAUCUGUCUGUUUGUGGCCUGUUACCUUGCACCACUCUAGCCGUUCUCCUUUGACCUCUCAUCAACGAGAUGUUUUCCCCGGGACUGCCACUGACUGGACGUUUUUUGUUUGUCGUGCCAUUCUCGGUAAACCCUAGACUGUCAUGUGUGAAAAGCCCAGGAGGGCAGACUGAUGAGAUACUGGAUCUGGAGUACCUGGCACCAACAAUCAUACCACGCUCAGCGUCGCUUAGGUCACUCGUUUUGCCCAUUCUAACUUUCAAUGGAACAGUAACUGAAUGCCUGUCUGCCUGCUUUAUAUAGCAAGUCACAGCCACGUUACUCACUGGCUGUAGGAGCCAUCCAUUUUGGUGAAUGAGCUGAUGUACCUAAAACUGUCCAGUUACUGUCUAUAUUAUUAUAAUUAUAUUUCUGCAUUUCCCUACUAUAACCACUAGGGGGCUUUGAGUCUCGUCCUCCAUUGGCUUUAUGGACAGAUCUAAAAGAGUCCCAAUAUCUACUUUCUCCUGCAAAUAUGCACUCGUUCACUACUUCCCACAAAUCUAAUAGCAUUGGGUUGGUGGAGACAUGGGCCAGUCAGUUUCCACCAUAUUUCUUAUACCGGUCAUUUCCUUUUAAAUCAGUGAAGGGAGGUGAACAAGGGCACACUUUGGGAGGAAGGUGAGGUCAUGGGGACGUAGACCAAGUGAAGACAUCUGUAUUGGGUGAUGACUGGAGUCAGUGGGUUCAGCAUUAAGGAUAUAUCUAUAGUCACUACUACCACUGGACUAUAUUUAGAUUAACGUCUAGCAUUCUGAAAUGGGAAGGAAAUUCACCAGAUUGUUUCACGCAACGCUAUUUAAAACAAUAACGGCCUUUUCCAUCUUUGAGAUAGUGACUUGGCUUGUGUUAACUUAUUUCUCCGCCUGUAUGUAUACAUUGAGGAAUAUGAGUAUUUUGACUUGAAAUGUUCAACUUAACACAUUGGAGUUGAUCAAGGCGGUGGUGUUGACUGUGUGUGGAUGUGACUGACUGAAUGAGGAAGAGAGAAAUAAAUAAAAUAGGAGUGCAACGCGCUAGAACAUUGAGUGCAAAGCGCUAGAACACCAUAUAGAGAAUGUGCCGUUUGGGACAGAACCUCUGGGGAUGGUAGGAGGGUAUACUACACCUCCAGUCUACCAGACUGUUGAGAGUUAUGGGCUUUGUUUCAAAUGGCACCCUAUUCCCUUUAUAGUGCACUACUUACAGGGAGAAGAAGACCUUUCCCUUGAGAGUGUGUAGUGUCCCAAAUGGCAUCUUGGCCCCUAUAUAGUGUACUACUUUUGAUCACGGCUCAUAUGGAUCUGGUCAAAAGUAGUGCACUAUAUAGGGAAUAGGGUGCCAUUUGGGACGGAACCUUCUGACCACGCACAGCUUUCUAGCACUUAUAGUCAUUUACAGUUAUGUGUGGUGACUAAUCAUUUAAAUAGUAACUUACAUACAUGUAGUUACUUAUCCUAUGGUAACUAAUCAUUUAAAUAGUAACUUACAUACAUGUAGUUACUUAUCCUAUGGUAACUUUAGCAACAUUUACUACGUACACACGGCCUUCGAAUCAGCCGCCAUGAGUCAAACGCACAAAUACGAAGUCCUACUGGACCCUAACCUUCAUUUCUGAAGCCAUAUUAUUACAGGAAAGAACAUGUGUGAAUAGGAAUACUCUAUCCUAGAUGAACUCAUUCUACCUGUAAAGGACUAGAGUUUCAGACAAGUGUUCUGGAACCGACCUGAUAAGUGAAGAUUUAAUAUAUAGGUUCCUUCAUAUUAUGGUUGGAAAAUUGUGGGAACUUUUCAAAAUUCUCAGUUUAUCCAGAAAUGUUCCUGUAAUCAUUAGGAAAAAAGCAGGGCAUCCUGAAUCCCCAAUGACCUGUUGAAAACUUGGAAUUUGGGGGAAGUUAGGGGAAUUUUGGAUCCUUGUAGUAGAUUACUUGGCAGGAUAUCCCCCUCAUAUAGACUAACCAACUGCCACCCAGAUCGGCACCCUAUAGAACCUAUAGGUAGAAACUGCCACCCAGAACGGCACCCUAUAGAACCUAUAGGUAGAAACAACAACAUACUGAAUACACAAGUAGCGAACAACGUUUUAAAUAUGUUAACAGUUAACUUAAAGGGGAAGUUCACUAUUUUACAACUUUGUCAGAUGGUUCCUCAUCCUGAAAGUAGUCUAUGGGCCAGAAGAAACGUAUCAAUGCUUCAGGGUUUUUUAAACAACCACUACAAAAUUCAGUCAACUUUAGCCACCGCUAGCUCCUAAAAUACUGAACUUCCCCUUUAAAGGAGUUGGUGAGAGAAAAGAUAACUGAAUGUCGAAUGUGUGUUUCCUGCCGUAUCCCAUGUUUGGGAGUGGAAACCAAAGACUGAAAGAACGGGGGAUGGGUGAAUUUCAUGUGAUGAAAAUUAGGAAAAGCUAGAGAAGAGGAUUGAUCUGUAGUGAAAGAGAAACUUCUUCCUGUAUUAUUUUGUGAAUUGUAAAUAAAUAGUCGCUAACGGGCAGCGCCUCGCAGAAGCAGGGUCUUCUCUUGGGACUGCUGCCCCCAUGUGCUGGAGAGAAAUGAUCCAUGACAA